GGCAAUCCCUGCAUUACGGUGGAGAAAACGAAGCCGAAACAGCUCAUGACAGGAAACAACCCGAGCCUCCCGUGACCUUAACCUGUAUUCACCUUAUGUCGUCAACUUGACUCUGGAUCUAUGAUAGACAGUCCGCUAGCUGAGUGCGCAGUUUGACCAAUCAUCCCGCAACAAUCGUUGCUCUCCUUGCCCCAGCUUCAUUCUUUUCUAUGCGUGAUUCCCCAUCAUGGCCCGUAUCAAGUUUACUGUGCCUGCAUCGGCUGUUCAGGUACAGUCCGCCCGAGUUCUUCACGAUAAGCAGAGCGCGACUGCUACCCGGAAGAAGACACAGACUGAAGUUGAGAAUCCGACCAAGUCGGCCGUAUCCGAGGGCUUGUCUCUGAAGCAGCAACAAAGUUUAGAGAUGGUACAAAUUAUGCUACAUGUAUCGUUUGGGACAUUGUUUUAUCUUCGGGAGUUCUUACCACUUCCCUGCUUUGACGACCGAGACCUGAAAGAGGCCCAACGAGAACGCAGAUAUUCAUACCGAGAAUUCCUCGACCCUAAACCACGUCAUGAAACUAAUGGAGGCGACCCAGAUAUCGCAUUCGGUAAUGGAAAGAGAGGCCAGCCACUCAAGGUGAUGAUACGCGGCACGGAUCCUAAGGCAGACAUGAUACUCGACGUUCUGGAGAAUGGCAUCUUCGACGCUUUGCGCAAAAAUAUCCUUGAAGCUAUCCAAUUGACCAUUCUUGUCGACAAGGAUGCGCCGCAAAAUGUCCUGGAGUCGUAUACAUUUUCAUUCAAAUAUGCGAAAGGAUCAAGAGAUGUGGACCAUUGCUUAGAGAGCUUGUCGAUAGACCCUGUGGGUUACGUGGCUGAUAUGAGAUCGGCACAAUCAGCCAGGGUAGGGCUGGAAACGAUAGUCAGGCGUUUGAUAACACUCAGCACCUUUCUACCUAUUCUGCCUAAUAAACGCAACUUGGGAGUGAACUUGUUCUACACGGAAGACUGCCCUUCUGAUUAUGAGCCUCCGGGCUUUACUAUGGCAAACAAUGACACGAUAAGGUAUCCACUUAAUGAGAACUGGAGAAAAGAGACUCAGUCAUGUGGGACGAUGAACAGUGGAUGGCAUACUGUUGGGCUUAGGGUCACAUCUCUUAAAUGGACGGGGCCAGACCCUGAGGGGUCGGAAACACUACCCACAGUACCUUCACAGAUCGAGUACACAGAUGAGGUUUCAAGAGCAGACGAUAUUGGAUUUGGCGAAGAGCCGAGUGAUUUGCGCCGCAUUGAAGCAGGAAAUGGCGUUGACUCAGAUGAUCAUCUGGCUUUGGACCGGUCAUUAACGUACCAUGACGAUAGUAGCUUUCAAGAAACAACGCAAGACAUUGCCGAUAGGCGAAAGCUACAAAAUAUGAUGCAAACCCAGGCAUCUUCCUCUUACUCUGAUAGUGACCUCAUACCAACACAGCCCAUCAACCCUGAUGUCGCAAUCGAGGAUGAAUACGAUUCUACAACACAAUUGCACUCAAAGUGGUUUCUCCCGGAGGAACGAAUUACAAAAAUCAGAGAACACCUACGUUUGCAAAAGCAGACGCUCGAUCUACCUCGUUCUGAGAGCCAAUCUCAGGGCCUGGUCAGAUGUCAGUGUGGGUGGAACGGCGAGGAAACAGAGAUGUUAAAAUGUGUCUUCUGUGGCACGCAUCAGCACCUCCUGUGCUAUGGUUUCGAUGGCCCGAAUGACCCGAAAAUCCCUGACGUUCAUGCUUGUUAUAAGUGCUUGCUGGGGCCAAAUGAUGCCCAGCUGCUCCAGGAAAUGAACAGCCUCGUACUCCUAAGACGAGCUCUAAGGAUCAUUUUAGAUGAGGGAUUUCCGAAUAAGAUCUCAGAAUUUACACAAAAGCUUCACUGUAACGGGCAAACCAUCAUCCAAAUAACCGACAUUCUGAAGAAGAAGGGGUUCGUUCAACCCACACCAGGCUAUAAACUCAAGGGAUUUGCCCGACGGGGGUUGCCAAAGUAUAGCGUCCCACAAUCAGAGAAUGUCCGCCAAAGGUUAAAGAAGGAAAUAUUUCACCCCAUGGUGAAAAUUAAACACCUUUACGCCCUGACUAGUCCGGAUGGUCCGAAUAACCUGGAUCCAAAUUCCAUCAGCCAAGAGCUUGACCCCCUUGAUGCUCCUACUAUAGCUGGGAACACGCCAUUUGAUGGGCUCGGACAGAAGACACAUAAUUCCACCGGAGGCCUGCAGGAUCUGCCGGUAAAGAGCCCGGAUCACAAGAGAAAGCCGUUACCGGAUAGUGAUAAAAAUGAGAGCUAUGAAUCCGACGACCUUGAUAAGAAUGACCGGGCUGCAGAGGAGCAACUGCAUAACAGCUUCCUCACUGAUGAGAGCAUGAGCUCAAAAGCUAGGGUACCGAGCCAGCGGACAUCUGACAGUCAGGGACCUCGACGUAGUGGCAGGAAAAGGCGUAAGAUAAGCAAUUACUCUAAGCUUAUCGAUGUUGGGGCCGAGACGAGCGACCAUGAGAGCAUCUAGACUGAGAGGAUGUUUCUGAUAGCGUAUAGUGGUUGUUUGGCAUGAUAUUAUGGCUUUUAAUGACGGGGAAGAUAGGGUGCUGGGGUCGGAUCAGAAAAAAAGCAACAAAAAAAAAGGGGGAAAUGAAAAGAAAAGGGAGUGGCUAGGUACUUGAAACAUGGCAAGCACUUGAACAGGGCGUCAGAGGCAAUGGAGGCAAAGUGUUUCUACUGAGAAUCACCUUCAUGGAGAGUGUUUUUAAAAGGCUGAGGCUUGGUUGCCUCGGCAAAAGCAAUGUGCGUCUGAUGGAUUGUUAUGGGAGGGUACCCAGGAAAGAUAUCAGAAAACCCAGAGGACUGAUACCUAGUGUGUAUUCCACUUUUGAAGGUGGGUUGUGAAGAAACUGGAUUUCAUAGUGGAGCAUCUUGUACCCGUAGGUCACAUAUUCGCAUAUACAAUGGGCUGAAACUGGAAAAUAACGGGUAG